AUGAUUAAAAGUGAAGUAUCCAAACACCUCUUUCUCUUGCACGCUUAGUAGUCAGUACUUCACAAAAUGGCCGGAGACCUGUUCGAAGAUUUGCCUCCUCCGGCUGCACCGCCGUCUUCCUCCAAUGGUGCUGCCGUCACUACUACGGAGACGUCGCCGGAACCACGACAACCUCUUCCUCCUGCCCCUGCUCCUGCUCCUGCUCUGAAGAGUGCCCUUAAACGUACUAAACCAUCUGCAGAAUCACAAUCUGAAACUUCUGUUCCUGAAAAACGAUUGAGAUUUAAAACAACCACCGAUGCUUCAGAGACACAAGUUAUUGAAGCCAUGCAAAAAAUAGCAUCACAUAUAAAGAACACUUCAAAGUUUAGCAAGGCGUCAAAGCUUGCAACGCAGCUAAUUCAGGCUGGCAGUGUAAAGCCUGCAACUGGUGACCAUUUCUUCGCCAUUCUUGAAGCUGCAAUGUCAUCACUCACCGCCUGUCAUGAGCCCUCUGUACGAGCAGAUUACCACGAGUUAUUCACAGCUGCGCAAGAUACAAUUGAGUGUCUUCCAAAGAAACAGCAAAAUAUGAUAACUACAUGGACCAUGAGGGCUGUGGUGGCUAAUGACCUCUUCACUGAUGACAGUUUCGUGUUUUCAAAAGCAACAGGCAGAAUUAAAGAAACAAUUUCAAAUCUUCCCGUUGCAACUGAAGAUGAUGACGGAGAAGAGGCUGCUGCUUUGAUAGAAAAGUCAGAAGCCGCCAAUGAAGACGCCGCCCAGACAGAAGAUAAGGAGGAGAGUGAUCCAUUUGGACUUGAUGAUUUGAUUCCAAGCACAUCAAAAAAAGAUGACAGGUCAAAGGGGAAGAGGGUCACAUCGACAAAAGCAAGAAAAGGACAAGAAGAAGAAGAAACCAAGAGAUUCCUGAGAUCACAGCGAGAAGCCUUGAUUUCCUGCUUAGAAAUUGCAGCUAAUCGUUACAAAACCCCAUGGUGCCAAACCUCUAUUGACAUCUUAGUCAAGCAUGCCUUUGACAACAUUUCAAGGUUCACCUCCCGACAGAGGGAUGCUAUCGAGAAACUUUGGGCUUCUGUCCGUGAACAGCAAGUUCGGAGGAAGCAAGGGAAAUCUGUCUCCGGGAAACUUGAUGUUAAUGCUUUCGAGCAUCUCCAGGAAAAAUAUGCAAAUGAGAAGAUCAGCAUCCGUCGUGCUGUUGGAGGCAGUGGGGAUCGAAAGUGUCAACAAUGGCUUGGUUGAUUUUAGUACUCUUGUAACACAAUCAUUGUAGCAAGGUACGUCUGGUUGCAGAAUUAGUCAUUAGUAGUUAUGAUAUUGUAUUUACUCUGAGAACGAAUACUAAAAAUUUGAGAAGAACAUGAAUUCAAGGGUGCGAGUAAAAGUGGAAACGAACUCAACCCACAAUCUUAGAGUUGGAGGUAGCGGGAGCUUACCAUCUGAGCAACUCUUCUUGUCGACCUUUUCUUCGUUCCCUUUGCGUGUAAAAUGAAAUAUUACAUGUUGAGAUUGUUCAAAUAUUCCUAUGACUUAUGUGAUGAGUUAUGUCUGA